UGUCUCUGCCAUGAAGGUGCUACUCUCACUUCAUCAACUGGUAUCCCAUUCGGAAACCGAACAUGGCUGUGGUGCCCCUACCAGGAUGUGAACAUUGUUUAAGAAGUCAAAUGAAAGCGAUGUACUUCCUUUCAAGAGCAGCCAACCAGACCUAUUCGAUGACAUCUGAGCCGAAGACUACGGUGCCAGCACUCAACGAACGUGCAGACGACGAUGCGAAGGCCAAGGUCAUGCAAACAGUUCUGUGGAUUCUCGUUUCUCUAUCAGCAUUGUUUCUGGGGUUAAGGAUAUACUGCAAGUUAACCUAUUCAUAUACGAAGAUCAGGUUUGAGGAUAUACUUCUCAUUGCGUCUUGGGUGAUUCUUGUCGCAGAUGCUGCUCUGACCGAAUUCAUAAUCAAAUCUCGAUUCGGCCGGCCUGGGUUCCCCAUCAACGCUGACAAUAUAUCAGUCCUUGCAAUCGUCGGCCUGGCUUCAAUCACCUGCUCGUUCGUCGGCCAAGUUUGGAGCAAGACAGCAUUCGCCAUAUCGCUUUUACGUAUGUGUGAUGGUUGGAAGAAAUCCUUCGUUUGGUUCGCGAUCAUCUCCAUGAACAUUCUAUUCGCCUUCUCUGCCUCAUCAUUCUGGAUCGGGUGCGUUCCUCUCAAGAAGAGAUGGGAUAUAUUCAGUGAUGGAACUUGUUACGACCUGAAAUGGGUGGUGUCAUUCGGCAUUUUCGUUAGCGUAUAUUCUGGUGUGCUCGAUAUCGCUCUGGCCGUCAUUCCCUGGUUGAUUCUUGUGCGGCCCACGCCAACCGAAGCAUCGUCAGGUCUGAGACUGAGCAAGAAGGAGAAGAUUGGCGUCUCAGUGGCACUGAGUAUGGGAGUUCUCGCCGGAAUUGCAGCCUUCAUCAAAGCGUCCUACAUGCAGUCGGUUAAUGACACAGCAGGCGACUUUUCCCGUAUUUAAUGUCCAAAUUAACUCUUUGCAAGUUCUAUACUAACUCUACAAUCAGAUGGCGGAGCGGAGCUGACCCUUUGGGCUGGGGCCGAAACAGCAAUCACCAUCAUGGCCGCAUCAAUCCCAGUAUUGAGAGUCUUUCUACGUGAUGCCGCUAUCAAAACGCGAUACCUUCCCCAAUCUAUCAAAAUGAAAGUCCAUCGUACAGUCAGGAGGUCUGAAAGAGUUUUGGGUGAGACCGAAC